AUUUUGUUGUUAUUCACUUAUUCUUGUUCCCCAAGGCUCUCUGGUUCUCUAAACGUAGAAAGACUUUCCAUGAAGAUUCAAUUAUAAUAUUUUAAGCAUUUCUUCCAUUAUAUACACUGAAGAAUAAAAUAGAUCAGAACGAAAGAAACCAAAACCAAAUGGAUCUCAUUUCACUUGUACUCUAUGUAGUGAUCUUGAUAAUCACCUACAUAUUCAUACAAAAACUCUUUCACAAAUUAAAAAACUAUCCACCAAGCCCUUUUCCAACAUUACCCAUCUUAGGGCAUCUCCACCUUCUCAAAGACCAAAACUCCAUUCACCGCACCUUAGCUAACCUCUCUAUAAAACACGGUCCUGUUAUAACCCUUAAGUUCGGCUCCCGCCACGGCCUCCUUGUCUCCUCCACCUCCGCCGCGGAGGACUGCCUUCACCACAAUGACAUUACCUUUGCCAACAGACCUCGCCUCAUGGCUGGCAAAAUCCUCGGGUAUGACUACACCACUAUGUUGUGGGCCCCCUACGGCCCGUUAUGGCGCAACCACCGUCGGAUUGCAUCGACCGAAAUAUUAUCUUCCCACCGUCUUAACUUGCUCGUUGACAUCCGAGCUGAUGAAGUGAGAUCUCUGGUCAAGAGACUGUGCGAAAUUGGUGGUGAUAAAGGGGUGGUGAUUAAGGAGGCGCUAUUCGAGCUCACGAGUAACGUGAUGAUGAGGAUGAUUGCCGGGAAAAGGAUUUACGGCGAGGCGGUGGAGUCGACGGAGGCGAACAACUUUCGACAAGUUGUAAAGGAGUUGAUGGAAACAGUUCCAACAAGUGCAGUGGACUUUUUCCCAUUUUUGAAGUAUUUGGGAGUUCAUAAAAGUUUGGAGAAAAGGCUCAAGUCUAUAUCUGUUAGAUUUAAGAGGUUUUUUCAGGAUAUGGUGGAUGAAAAACGAAAACAAAUGAAAGAACAGGGAGUGACAAAUGGGAAGAACAAGACUUUGAUUGAGGUCUUGCUUGAAUUACAGAUCUCAGAUCCAUCUUUUUUUACUGAUGAUAUGAUCAAGGGACUUGUCGAGACGUUAUUGCUAGGGGGAACAGAAACUUCAGCUAGUACAAUAGAAUGGGCAUUAUCACUACUAUUGAACAAUCCUGAGGUUUUCCACAAGGCACAAAAGGAAAUAGAUGAGCACAUUGGAAGCGACCUUCGAUUGAUCGAGGAACGUGACCUACAACAUCUUCCCUAUAUCCAUUGUAUUAUAAAUGAGACACUUCGAAUGUACCCUGGUGCUCCUAUACUACCGCCUCGUGAGUCCUCGACUGAUUGUAUCGUGGGAGGUUAUCAUGUUCCACAAGGUACUUUAUUGAUGUUGAACAUAUGGGCAUUGCAAAAUGAUCCUAACAUUUGGGAUGAUCCAAGGAAAUUUAAGCCUGAAAGGUUUGAGAGCGUUAAAGGUGAACGUAUUGGGUAUCAAUUUAUACCUUUCGGAGCAGGAAGAAGGGCUUGUCCGGGGGAGAGCUUGGCCGCCCGGAUUAUUGGUUUAACUUUAGGGUCCCUUAUACAAUGUUUUGAAUGGGAAAAACAUGGAGAAAAGGAGGUUGAUAUGCAAGAAACUAUUGGAGUCACUAUGUGGAGAACCAACCCUUUACAAGCUAAGUGCACACCUCGUAUUCAUAUGGCUAAGUUGCUAUGAUCUUCAAUAUGAAAGAUAGUUUAUGAUCAUUUUAUUUCUUUUGCAUUAAUUACAUUAAGGCUUCUUUUGGUUUGGUGUAAAACAUUUUCCGUGUAAAAUGAUUUUCCAUGAAAAACAUUUUUCAAGGAAUAACACAAUUUCAAACUAGUUUUCCUUUGUUAGGCUCUUUAAAAGAAAAUGGGAGAAGAUGAUGAAGAUUGAGGGGAAUAAGGGAGAGGGAGGUAAGGAGGAAAUGUGGAAAAGUGGUUUCAAUCCCUUUCAAAUGGAAAAGGUUUUUCAUCUUUGAGGGAAUUAUGGAAAAUGAUUGAAAAGAUUUUUCAUCUCUUACCAUACCAAACAACGUUGAUUGAAAAAGAGAAAAUCGUUUUCCAUGAAAACGUUUUACACCCUACCAAACGGAGCUCAAAUGUUGUUUGGACUUCUUACCACUAGCCCCAACACCAACGACAAAUUAUCCCUAGUUACUCUUUACUGACUUAGGGCCGUUGGAUAAACCAACGACCAAUCCUCACAAUUUGUUCUGUUACCGGUACGACACUAACUUGGCGCAUAAUAAAACUCAACGACAACGACACAAGUGGGAAAGAUACGAGUAAUACUUGGUGGAAAAAAAAUAGCAAAGUCGGCAUAACAAGCAACAUCAAAAAACAGUUACAAUGAACAAGCAUGAUUUUUUAUUUAUCUUGACAUAACAAUUACAUUGACAACUACAUUUACAAAUUACAUUUACCGUUACAUUCACACUUACAUUUACAUUUUAUUUACAUUUUACUUACGUUACACUUACAUUACACACAUAUGUUUACAUCCGCACAUUAUACAUCUGUCACAAGUACAACGAAACAACUACAUUACAGGGUCAAGCAUCCAUAACCUGCAAACACAAACAACCAGAAAAUGCCAACACACAAAAACCAAAAAAUAAAAUAAAUAAAAAAUACACCCAGCACAAUACGAACCAAGUCUAAAAUAUCCAUACACAACAUGGCCCGGAUGGUAGGGCGUAAAACCUUUUCCCGGAAAACACUUUUCCGAGUUUUACGCUGUUUGGUAUGGACCGGAUGUCUGAUGUAAAAGUUGGGCUGAAAAUGAUUUUACAUAUCACUGAAAACGUUUUCCCCCAAAUAAGAAGGGAAAACAUUUUUCAGUUUCUUAUUCGCUCGUUCCCAAAAGCAAGCCUUCUGCUCCGUCGUUCCCAAAUCAAAUCUCUCUCCUCUCGGAUCUCCUCCUCCUCCUCUCAGCGUGGGCUACUUCAAAUCGAAAUAGAUUGUAUGCUAGCAUGGAGUCGGAUCACGGAGUAUUAACUCAAAGUCCAGUUCAGAUGACCCGUGAAUUAAAAGGCAUGAUUGUUGGUGCUGUGGCAGCCAUUAUUGGUUAUGUUCUUGCUUUUCUUGAAGUUUAUAAGUCUAGAAAUAGAGGGCCUAGAAUAAUAAGGCAACCUUACGUGAAUAGGGAUAGUUUGAGGGAGGCUAAUAUCAAUAGUAUUCUAUAUUGUGGUGAUACUCAUUGUCUAGGACAGAUUCGUAUGAGACUCGCUGCUUAUUUUAGCUUGUGCAAUAUUUUAGUUGAGAGGGGACUACUGUGGGAGUGUCGUCAAAUGAGUGUGAAGGAGCAAGUACUUGUAUUUUUACACUUGUUGGGACAUAAUGUAAGGUUUCGAGCAAUUGGAGGGAGGUUUUUUAGGUCAACUUGGACCAUACAUCAGUAUUUUCACAUUGUGCUUAAAGCUAUCCUUCGAUUGUACACAGAAUUUGUGAAACCACCAACAACUACACUUCAACCAGAAAUCCAAAACAACCCUAGGUUCUUUCCAUGGUUUGAGGAUUUCAUAGGAGCUAUAGAUGGAACACAUGUACGUGCAUCUGUUCCUAUUGAGAUGCAAGAUAGAUUUCGCGGUAGCCGGUAGGAAGGGUGGGACGACACAAAAUGUAUUAGCUUCUGUUGAUUUUGACCUUAAGUUUACUUAUGUUCUUGCUGGUUGGGAGGGUUCUGCGCAUGAUUCGAAGGUCUUAGGUGAUGCACUAAGAAGGGGGUUCAAGGUUCCACAAGGAAAGUAUUAUAUGGCUGACGGAGGGUACGGUGAUCGUAAAGGUUUUAUGCAUCCAUUUAGGCAAGUCCGUUAUCAUUUGAAAGAGUAUACUAACAACCCUCCUGAAAAUGAAAAAGAGUUGUUCAAUCUUCGCCAUUCUUCACUUAGAAUGUGUGUAGAGAGGGCAUUUGGAGUACUGAAGAAGAGGUUUCGUGUCUUGGAUGCCGAGCCAUUUUGGCCAUUUAAAACACAAGUUGAUGUGGUUCUAGCUUGUUGUGUGAUACACAACUACCUAAGAGGCAUAGAUCCAAAUGACCCAAUUGCAAGAGAAGUUGACAUGGAGAUGAAUUCACAAGAUGCAAGAGCACCACUUACUCGAAGAGAAGUGAGAGAAGAAACAAAAGAGUGUGUGAAAAAGAGAAAUGCCAUAUCAUUGGUGAUGUGGACUGCAUAUAAGGCAUAUAAGAAGCCUCGGACAAUGUAAAAUCUUAUGUAAUCAAACUCAUCCAUCUAUUUGAUUCUCAACCAUCUGGGAUAAACUUAUAUGUAAUCGAGUGAAGUAUGAAAGUUUAUUAGAAUGCUAUAUUUUUUUCUUCA